CUCAACGAGAAGGAAGCCGCUGAUCCUAAUGGAGCAAAAUCUCUAUGGCGCCCGGAAUAUGGAACCUACAUGAUCGAAGGCACUCCGGGAAAACCGUACGGCGGCCUGUUGGCCCAUUUCAAUGUGGUCGAAGCUAACAUGCGAUACCGGAGAAUGGAGGUAACGGAAAUGUCCCCUGGGGAACGUGUCAUGUCGAUAACCAAUUUCCCCCGGCUGGGAUGUCCGAAUUUUACCUACCCUUCGGCCAAGCCUACACCCGAAGAUGAGACGUGUGCUGCGCGGUCUUUUUUCCCCUAUGACGCAAUCUUCCCGGGUCAUCCUCGCUUUAAAACACUUACCCGGAACAUUCGCCAGAGAAGGGGUGAGAAGGUUUCGAUCAAUCUACCCAUUUUCCGGGACAAGAACACCGUCAUUCCGGUGGAGGGUAGCCUGCCGGAUAAGCCAGACUUCGUUCACAUGGACGCCAUGGGUUUCGGAAUGGGGUGCUGCUGUCUGCAGUUGACCUUCCAGGCGUGUAACAUCAACGAGGCACGUACCCUGUACGAUCAGCUGACUCCGAUGUGUCCGAUCAUGUUGGCCCUGACGGCAGCCAGCCCGGCCUAUCGCGGCUACCUGACCGAUGUGGACUGUCGAUGGAACGUGAUUUCGGCCUCGGUCGAUUGUCGCACCAAGGAGGAGCGGGGCGAAGUUCCCCUGAAAAAUGAUCGCUUCCGGAUCUACAAAUCGCGCUAUGAUUCGAUCGAUUCGUACCUCUCCCCGGCUGGCGAUAAGUGAGUAUUGAUUUGCUAAGUUUUUUUUUAUCUGAAUCUAAAUUUGAAAUUUAAGUUGAAAUCUGAAUCCGAAUUUGAGAAUUUAAUCUUGAAUCUUAGGGUGAUACUGAAAUUCGAGAUAUAAAGCAAUAAUUGAAAUUAUGUCAAUA